AGGUGCCUCCAGGUGUGUCCAGGUGUGGUGGGUCUGUCCAGCAGCAUGGCGGUGUGCCUGCAGGUGGUGGGUCUGCUUCUGGGCGUGGUGUCCUGGUGCCUCCAGUCCAGCUGCACCUCGUCCCAGGUGUGGAAGGUGCGGAGUCAGGCCGAGUCGGUCAGCAGCAGCCAGUGGACGUUUGAAGGUCUGUGGAUGAGCUGCGCCGCCACGUCGCUCGGCUCGGUCCAGUGCAGCCGCUUCAAGACGGUUCUGGGCCUCCCGGCUCACCUGCAGGCCUGCCGAGCCCUGAUGAUCAUCUCGCUGCUGCUCGGUCUCGCCUCCAUCGUCGUCUCCGUUCUCGGACUCAAAUGCACCAAAAUCGGCCGAACGUCGGAUCAAGUCAAGGAUCAGAUCGCUCUGAGCGGAGGAGUCAUGUUCAUCCUGUCCGGUGUUUUUACUCUGACGGCGGUUUCCUGGUACGCUGCCCGAGUCAUCCAGGACUUCUAUGAUCCUCUCUACGGAGGCGUCCGGUUCGAGCUCGGUACUGGUCUGUAUCUGGGCUGGGCGGCGUCCAGUCUGGCUCUACUGGGAGGAUCGAUGCUGUGCUGCUCCUGCAGGAGGAAAAACUCUCCACCUCCUGUCAGGCACUUCUCGUACUACUCCAGCUCCGGUCGAGGCCAGAACAUCUACCGAGCGGCGUCGGACGGCGGCGGCAGCUCCAAAGCUUACGUCUGAACAAAAAGCACCUUUUUUAAAAACCUGAUUUUCUGCCUGAAUACAGGAGACUUCCUGUUUCUGUUCUGUUGUAAAUAAAGU